AUGGUGGAAUUGGCUGCAAAACAAGACGCAAUUCUGGAGUCCAAAGCGAACAAGAAGCGCCUCUCGCUUGGUGGGCAGGGCCGCCAUGAGCUUAUGCCAUUUGCCAAGGACCUGAACGCGUUCAUGAAUGAAGUUCACGAUCAAGAACACCACCUCACCCACACCCACCUCAUCACCUACAUGAAGACUCAUCACCAGCACUGGUUGACCGACAACCUUUCCGCCAAGAAGACGGAAGACCGUGCCUACCACAUCAAGCAAGGCGAGUUACGUGAGAUCCAUGACAAGUUCGCAUCUGACUUUUGGGCCAAGUUUGCGUCAACCGCCCAUGCUGACAUCAUCUAUGUUGACGAGACGUCGGUGUACUAUGACAUGCCACCUGGCAAGACUAUUGCCAAGGUCGGGGGAUCGUCCAAGGUUGACAGGUCUCAAAAGCACUCCAACCAAAUGACAGCCGUUAUAUCGAUCCGGUGGAACGGCGAUAAGCUGCCAAUUCUCUUCGUCCUGAAGGGAAAGCCGGGUGGUGAUAUCGAACGCUAG